AUGGUGAGCGCGAGAGAAAGGGAGGGACGACGCGCUGGGGCGCACGCGAGAGGGAUGCCCGCGCGCGGGUCGGGCUCGGAGCGUCGACCGCGCGCGAUCUCCGAGAGCGAGAUGUUCCCGUCGAUCGAUGAAGACCCGAUGGACGCGGAUAGAGAUGGUGAUGGAGUUGGACGGUCGAGAGAGGGGGCGUGCCGGAGCGGGAGAACGCCACUGCCGCAGUUGGCGGCGCAAUUGGAGCGCGCGGUGCUCGCGUCGUUCGCCGAGGUGCUGCAGACGGAGUGCGAGGUGGAUUUCGAUAGCGGAUCGUGGGAUGAGUGCACAGGAGAGGUGACGGAGGCUUUAGGACGGGUGAUGGUGUGCGCGUCCGCGGCGGAGGUCGCCGGAAGGUUUAGUAGUCGUCUGAAAAGUAAGGAGCUGAAGCGUUUGAGAGACGCGCUGUGGGAUUUGCGCGUCAAGCUCGAAUCGACGUGCGAUCAGCUCGGCGGAUGCUCGGUGACGAUUCGACACCGCUUCGAAGCGUUGAGAAGCGCAUCGCUGGACGUCGUGCAUGAGAAACGACGCGCUCCGAACGCACCUAGCGGGGCGGCGAUCCCGAAUUUGCAAGUCGUCCCGGAAAUCGACAACGAAUCGAGGACGGCGUUCUAUCGAGGUGGACAACCCACUGCUGAAGGGCGCGCUUGGCUCGUUCGCAAUAACUUCAAGACUGUGAUCGAUCUGAGAGGGUCCGAUAGAGAUAACCAGUGGCUCCAGGCGUUCGGUGGUGGGUCCGGACAAGGGACGUACGGCCCAAGUGCGCUGAACAUCGUCCACAUUCCGAUUCACGACAUGGAGCCGCCGACGGAUGAGGAUGUCGAUAGAUUUAUCGAGGCCGUGAACAACGAGAGCAUGAGACCUGUACUGGUGCACUGCAAGGCUGGCAUCGGGCGCACCGGCGCUCUCGUCGCGUGCUGGAGAGUUCACCAAGGGAUGGAUGUAGACGAGGCGCUGUCCCAGGAAAACCUUGUGUGCGAUUUCGGCUCCAUCGCCCAAGAGGCGUACGUCCGACAAUACGCGGCCAGACUCAAGAAUAAAUCGUUCGAUAGCGAGCAUUUCAUCGGAAACUACGAGACCAAGGAGGCUGAAGCUGUUUUGGGCGAACACAGCUCGCUACAAGAUGCCCCAGACAUGUAUAUAAUUCGCACCGACGGUUUUUCGUGCACUCGUGAGCUCGUCGAAAAGCGCGAACUCAAAAUUUCGCAUCCGAGCACGCAGCAGCUAAUUCUGGUGUGGCGUCAGCAACCAAGGCGAGUUUUUAUCAUUAAGAAGAUCGGUCACGGACUCCUUCCGGAGCUCAUCGAGGUCGCUCACGCGAUGAUGACAAUGGGGAUCAGGAUCGUUCUCGAUGAGGACACCAUGGACGAGCUCGAGACCGCAGACAUCGGAGAAGACAGUAUCCAUCGCGCGUCAGUUCAAAGAAGUGCCGAGCGCGUGCGCAAGGUGGACGGACAGAUCCCUCAGGAAGAGUGGGGGACGAUCGACAUCGUUGUCUGUCUUGGCGGCGACGGGGUUAUCCUAUACGCCAGUAAGCUAUUCCAGGGUCCAGUCCCACCACUCCUCGGGUUCCACUUCGGUUCUCUCGGAUUCUUGACGAACCACCCGAGUGACGAGAUGGCUGCGAGUCUCCUUCAAUCGAUCGGUCGGGGUAAAUCGGUGGCAAACAUCCAGGGCGGCGUUCCCAUCACGCUUCGAAUGCGACUGGAGUGCACGCUCGUCAAGGCCAAGGACACAAAGCGUGCCGGUGGUACGGGUCAGGCCACAAAAACAGUGACAGUUUUGAACGAGCUCCUUGUUGAUCGCGGUCCGAGUCCGUAUUUAUCGCAUAUCGAGGCGUACGAUCGAGGCGAGCUCAUCACGACGAUUCAAGCUGACGGAGUAAUUGUCGCCACGGCUACUGGAUCGACAGCCUACAGCGUCUCAGCCGGCGGAUCCAUGGUUCAUCCGAACGUUCCAGCGAUAUUGAUGACUCCCAUUUGCCCACACACGCUUUCGUUCCGACCGGUGGUGUUCCCUGACAGCGUCGAGCUUGAGCUGAGAGUGGCGUCGGAUGCUCGAUGCUCUGCCUGGGUCUCCUUUGACGGCCGGGAUCGAUGUGAGCUCGAGAGCGGGGACUCUGUCUUCGUCCGCAUGAGCGAGUAUCCUAUUCCCACCAUAAACUACGCCGAUCAGACCGGUGAUUUCAUCUCGUCCCUUCGAAGAUGUCUCCGAUGGAACGAGCGCGACAUCCAACACGGCUUUGACACGUCGCAAAAGGAGGCACUACGCAAGAUCUCAGAGUCAUCUUCGUAG